UUAUAUUUUCCAAUAAAAUAUAAUAUUUUGGAAUCCUGAUAUUUCAUACCCCAUAGGUUGUAAAAACUUAAAGAUGGCAACCAAUCACGCAGAAUGUGCGGUAGAAAGCGAUUGUGCUGUCCAUAACUAUUCCGCGAUCACCUAUUGGUUCCCUACUCUAGUGGUUUUGUUCUUCAGCAUCAGAGCUUUAUUUCGGCCUGGUAACCAGCCGAAACCUUUAAAUGAGGCUACUCUGCGAAGCAUAACCACAGAAGCGAAAUUUGGAAUCAAGUUAAAAGAAAAAAGCCCAUGGUAUAUCACCGACGAAUACGAUAUGCUAGUAUUCGGAAGGAUUAUUUGUACGUUUAAGUCCAUAUUGUGGAGAUUGACGACAAUGAUGUAUGGAACGGGCAAUAAUUCUUUGUGGUACCCAGGGAAAUAUGUGACGUGGGAUCCACUACUAAUGUUUUUAGAUUUAGUUCGGCAUUCUUUUAACAGACCGAAACCUUUAAAUGACAAAAGUCUGGAAAGUAUAUUUGCAGAAACGAAACUUGUAACUAUAUCAGCGGCGAAGGGAAAAGCCACAUGGGUUGUCCCUGACGUAUACAAUGUCUCGCUAAUCGAAAUAAUCAUUCGUACGAUCAUUUUCAUAUGGACGAUUUUGGCGGAAAUCAUGGCUGAUAUUAUGUAUAAACCCCCGAAAGACCUUUUCGGGAAUAUUCCAUACCAUCCAUUGAAAAUUAGGCCAAAUGACAAAAUUAUUGACAGCCUCGGUACAAUUAGGAUCAACCAAUGAUAAAUAUUAUAGUUUAUGAAUUUCACGUGGCUUCAAAUAUUUAUUUUU